AAUAAUAUUGAUUUGUGGCUAAUUCACAUAUUUUAUCUAAAAAAAGUUAAAAUAAUAGAAAUAAUAAAAUUUAAUGGAUAAUAACGUCAGUCAUCACAAACAACAACUACAACAACAAGUUGUUAAUAUGGGUGACGACACCAACGGAGAGGAAGAAUUGUAUACACAAAGUGAUGAAAAAUUUGAAGACAACAAUAAUGCCAAUCAAUGUCCCGGUGCCGACACAAAUGCUGAUAAAAAGGGUUAUACGUGUAGAAUAUUUGGUUACCGCUGGUCUCAGAUCAAGUGGUCAAAUGUCUUAUUCCUAUCGGCGAUGCACAUACUGGCCAUUUAUGGAUACUAUCACUGUAUAGUUUCGCCAAUCAAAGUAUUAACAGUCUCUUUCAUCUACAUUAUCUCAUGCGCUUCGGGAAUAGGCAUUUUGGUCGGCUCUCACCGUCUAUGGGCACACAAGUCGUUCAAAGCUCGGUGGCCACUGAGACUCGCGCUGAUGAUAAUGCAGACAGUAUCGGUGAACGGCAGUAUAUACUCCUACGUACGCGACCAUCGGACACACCACAAAUGGUCGGAUUCAGUGGCCGACCCAAAAAACUCAAAUCGGGGCUUCUUUUUUGCACACAUCGGUUGGUGGCUACUCAAGAAAGACCCGAAGGUCAUCGAGUGUGGUCGCAAACUUCGAUACGAUGACUUGUGGUCUGACCCGAUUGUCCGCUUUCAACACCGGUUCUACACACCGUUGGUCAUUGUCUUCUGUUUUAUUUUGCCGGCAGUCAUACCAUUAAUCUGGAGUGAAGAUCUGUUGACAGCAUUUGUGUCGUGUGUAGGCAUACGAGCGGUGGUUGUAUUGCACCACAUGUGGACAGUCAACAGCAUUGCACAUAUAUUUGGUGAUCGCUAUUACGAUAAGAGGCUCCGGCCUACUGAAAACAAACUUGUAGUGUAUAUGUCAAUGGGUGAGGGAUCUCAUAACUAUCAUCACGCCUUUCCCUGGGACUAUACAACUAGCUAUUACAAGUGGUACGAAAGCUAUAAUUUGGCGACACUUGUUAUCGUCAUAUCAUCACUGGUAGGUCUGGCCUAUGAUCUUAAAAAGCCUAACAAAGAAACCAUAAGAAACUAUGUCGAGAAAAAGGGUGACAUCAUUGAAAUCGAUAGGAUUCACAACCGGAGUCUAUGUGUACGACUAUUGUUGGGUUUGAUAGAUUGGAUUAUGGGAUCUAUAGUGACCUCAUGGCCCAUAUGGACAAUACUGAUAAUCAAAAUAGCACUCGGCUUUCAAUGGUUUUUCUUUGAUUUCAAUGAUCUUAUUUUUAUUAAAUACUUUAAUUGAUUAAUCUAAUCAUUGAUCGACAAAAUAAAAUAUUAAUUCAAAAAAUGAGGGUAAUUAUUUAAUAUAACAAAAAAUUGUUUUAA